UUUUUGGAUUAGACUAAAGAAGAAAUGAGAUUCACCUGUGUGUCGCCUGAAAAUCAACCCUCUACGCCCGCAUGAUGAGAAGCAAAAAUAUUCGCGUCAGCGUUUAUGUUUUUUUUCUCCCUGUGGUAGUAAAUGCGUCCGGGAAGGGCUGGAACUUCAAACAAGUGGUUCGUACCGGAAGGGGAAGAAGAGGAGCCGGCAAUAUGUGUCAUAUGUGACACUCCAGUUAGCUUGCAGCCUGUUAACAAGGAAGCAGAGUGAUGGAAGACCAGCGGCCAAACAUCUGCAUGACGGAGAUAAGCAGCCAAGCGCGCGCUCUCAUUCCAACCCUCACACUGACGCAGAGAGGCUGAUAUUUACAGAGUUGGGAUUAGAUGAUUGAGGACGUUGGUAUUCACGUCAUAAAUACCACCUAUUAUAUUUACGUUGCAAAUAUAGUUGCACGCACACCUUAGUCUGACUGUGAUAGAUAGAAAAAGCCUCAAAGCUUCGCUGCAGCACCUGGAUCGGACUUUGCUAACCCCUCUGUUAAAGACUUCACAUCACUGGACUUUCCCUGCCUUCCCUCCAUAACCACAGCAGAUGAAAGGAGCUUUGAUUCAGGCACCGUGUUGCAUAGCGUCUUUUCCCCAGAGGCCCACCUUGGCAGUUAGAGGAGAGGUCAUCACCAUGACAGCGUCCUCACAGGACUCCAACCCCUCGUUUCUGGCUGGCCUCUUCCUCCUCCUCCUCCUCCAGCUCCUCCUCCUCUUCCCAGCUGUUUGCGCGCAGAACUCGGCGGUCCCGACGAGCCCGACCACGCCUUUGUUCGACCCGCUCACCCAGCCUGAGUGCACAAAGAAAGAACAUCCAAAGGUUUCCAUCCAAGCACUCAGCCCGUGGAUCUUCACGUUCUCCCACCCCGGCGUGAGAGACUACUCGCAGCUCACCCUUGAUCUGACUAGGGAUGAGCUCAUUGUGGGUGCCAGAAACUACCUAUUCAGACUGGAUCUCCGUAACCUCUCUCUAAUACAGGCGACAGAGUGGGCACCGGAUGAAGACACCAGGAAGUCAUGUCAGAGCAAAGGCAAAACAGAGAUGGAAUGCCAGAAUUACAUCAGAGUCCUGCUGGUGAACAAGACAGAGGUCAUGACCUGCGGGACUAAUGCUUUCCAGCCGCUAUGUAUCAGCAGAGAGGUGGGCAACAUCAGCAGGGUGCUGGAGCGCGUAAACGGCGUGGCGCGCUGCCCGUACGACCCUCGCCACAACUCCACGGCGGUGGUAACCGAAAGCGGGGAGCUCUACGCCGCCACCGUCAUCGACUUCUCGGGUCGCGACCCCGUCAUCUACAGGAGCCUGGGCGGCAUGCCGCCGCUGCGCACUGCCCAGUACAACUCCAAGUGGCUGAACGAGCCCCACUUCAUCUCCGCCUAUGACAUCGGCCUCUUCACCUUCUUCUUCCUGAGGGAGAACGCGGUGGAGCACGACUGUGGCAAGACGGUGUACUCCCGCGUGGCCCGGGUGUGCAAGAACGACAUCGGCGGGCGCUUCCUCCUGGAGGACACCUGGACCACGUUCAUGAAGGCGCGGCUCAACUGCUCCCGGUCCGGAGAGAUCCCUUUCUACUACAACGAGCUGCAGAGCACCUUCUACCUCCCCGAGCAAGACCUCAUCUACGGCAUCUUCACCACCAAUGUCAACAGCAUCGCAGCCUCCGCAGUGUGUGCCUUCAACCUGAGCGCCAUCACCCAAACCUUCAACGGGCCCUUCCGCUCCCAGGAGAAUCCCCGCUCCACCUGGCUCCCCACACCCAACCCCAUCCACAACUUCCAGUGCGGCACUAUAGAUGACAAAGGUCCCAAUGAGGGUCUGACGGAGCGCAGCCUUCAGGACGCGCAGCGGCUGUACCUGAUGAACGACGUGGUGCAGCCAGAGUCCGUGGAUCCUCUCGUCAUGCAGGACGACGUGCGCUUCUCCAACCUGGUUGUGGACAUUGUCCAGGGCAUGGACACCCUUUUCCACGUCAUGUACAUCAGCACAGAGUAUGGCACCAUCCUGAAGGCUCUGGCCACGCCCAACAAAAACCUGCAGGGUUGCUACCUGGAGGAGAUGGAGCUCCAUCCGACCGGUGUCCGAGAGCCAAUCCUGAGCCUCCAGAUCCUGCACAGCGACAGGUCACUCUACGUUGGCCUCAAAGACAGAGUCCUGAAGAUCCCUCUGGAGAGGUGUUCCUCCUACAAAACCGAGACGCUGUGCUUGGAGGCCAGGGACCCCUACUGCGGCUGGGACUUCAGGCAGCGCAAAUGCACAACGCUGGAGGAAAGCUCCAACAUGAGCCAGUGGAAACAGAACAUCACCGUUUGUCCGCUGCGGAACCAGACCUUGGAUGGCGGCUUCGGGUCCUGGACUCCCUGGCACCCCUGCAGCAACGACGAUGCGCUGGACGGCAUGAGCUCCUGUUUGUGUCGCUCCAGGUCGUGCGACAGCCCCGCCCCUCGGUGCGGGGGCAAAACCUGUGAAGGGCCAACCAUCGAAGUCUCAAACUGCUCCAGAAAUGGAGGCUGGACACCGUGGUCGUCAUGGGGACAGUGCAGCACGACCUGCGGCACGGGCUUUGAGCUGCGCCAGCGGUCGUGUAACAACCCGUCACCCCGGCACGGUGGACGUGUGUGUGUGGGGCCCACCAGGGACGAACGGUUCUGCAACGAGGGCGUGUCGUGUCCUCAGCCCAUGUUCUGGACGCCGUGGGCCUCGUGGACCAAGUGCAGCACAGAGUGCGGUGGAGGCGUCCAUUCCAGGGUCAGGUCCUGUGAGAAUGGCAACACCUGUCCAGGAUGUGCACUGGAGUACAAGGCCUGCAACCUGGAGGCAUGUCCAGAGGUGAAGAGGAACACUCCCUGGACGCCCUGGAUGCCGGUCAACGUGACCCAGGGCGGAGCCCGCCAGGAGCAGAGGAUGCGCUACAUGUGCCGGGCCCACCUGGCCGACCCCCACGAGCUGCAGAUCGGACGGAGGAAGGUGGAGACGCGCUUCUGUCCAAAUGACGGGACGGUGGUCUGCGAUACGGACGGCCUGGUGGAAGAGUUGCUAAAAACGCCAGUGGUGAGAACAGCAGGGAUGAGCUGGUCGUCAUGGGAGACCUGGUCCAGCUGCUCUCAGAGUUGUGCCAAAGGUUACCGCACCCGUCGGCGGACGUGUUCCGGACCGGAGGGGAAGAGCGCCCCCGCGGCAUGCCGUGGCUCCCCUGUGGAAUACCAGGACUGUAACGUGCAGGCAUGUCCCGUGAAAGGUGCUUGGUCCUGCUGGUCUCCCUGGUCUCAGUGCUCGGUGGGCUGCGGUAGCGGCCACUACCAGCGGACACGCUCCUGUAACAGCCCCGCCCCCGCCAGCGGAGGAGACAUUUGCAUCGGCCUGCACACCGAGGAGGCCCUGUGCAACACACACACCUGUGACGGCGGAUGGAUGGCCUGGUCUCUGUGGUCAGCCUGCGACGACUCCGGCUUCCAGACCAGGAGUCGGGUUUGCGGCGCUCAGGGGAGCGCCCCCUGUGUGGGGAACAGCACCCAGCGCAGGGACUGCAACGAAAUCCCCGUCAUUCUCCCGGCAUCUGGUUUUGAUAAGGACCAACAAUGCGGAGCCUUCACCUCCAUCCACCUAAUCGCCACCGGCGUUUCCUGCUUCCUGGGGGCGGGGCUGCUGUCCUUCCUCAUCUACGUUUACUGCCAACGGUUCCACAAGCCCUCGCAGGAGUCCGCCGUCAUCCACCCGACCACGCCGAACCACCUCAACUACAAAGGCAACACCACACCAAAGAACGAGAAGUACACACCCAUGGAGUUUAAGACACUGAACAAGAACAACCUGCUGCCAGACGAAAGAUCCAACUUCUACCCGACGCCGCUACAGCAGACCAACGUCUACACAACCACCUACUAUCCCACACCACUCGGCAAGUUUGACUACCAGCCCAACUCCUCCCCCUCACCAUGCAGAACCUACAACAACAGUAACAACAGCUGAGACGCAGCCCGCCGAUGACCCUCCACUACCCCCAUCUCGCUCUCUCUCUCCCCCCACCCCCAGCCCCAAAUGGACGCCGGUACCAUGGUGACAUAAGUGAGCCAAUGUGAACUGAAAUGUUGUUCAGUGCUUGGCAACGUUUCUGUGCUCUACGCCGUCAGCUCCCUGAACCCGUAGUCUCUUCUGCCUGGUGGCAUUUGUGUUUUCAGGGUUGCUUUUGGAACUUUCCGUCGAGAGACGUGGAUCCGGACGACAAAAGCCCGGCUCCUGGUAAAAAGUCAAGAACUUAUGCAACCAGUCUGGGGGCGUGUGUUUUUGUAAGGACUCUGUCGGGGAUGUCGCUGUGUCAACACCAGCGCUGUAUGUGGGGAACAAGUGAAAAGAAAGUCAACAAAAGGCCGAACUCUGGCUUUGAGGAGAUUGUCGCGACCGCUUCGGCGCAGGUGCCGGGUCGACGACCCCCGUCUGCAAAGACUGAUGGGGUAACGACAACAACAAAAAAGUUUACUUUUUUACAGGAUAAGAGUUACCCUUGUUAUUUUUGGCUCUCCAUUACAAACAACAUUCUUGGCCUGUAAUGAACUCGAGUCCCUCGACAACAAAAGCAGUUUCGGAGAACAAUGGGCACACGUGUUCCUCGUCCUCGCCGCACGGCACAGGGCGAGGCGACGACAACAAAAGAGAAAACCGAAUGAAGUCGACGACAAAAUAAAUUACAGAUUGAUAUCAGCACGGUGGAGUAGAGGAGGAAAUGCGCUCGCUCUCUCGUCCUCCCCGUUGGUAUUUUCACGCGACGGGAAAGAUAAGAAGUUUAAAGUUGAUUAAGCUUUUGUGAGGCUGUUUGGGAAAACUCACAUGAAGCACCGUCACCCACAGCUGGAGAGAAUUAUUGUCUAAAUCUGCCUUCGAUCAAAGUCGCCGUCCUGUUUUGGAAGACGAGGACGUGCAUGUCUGAAGGUCAUAGCCGGUGGGGCUGUUCGGAACUGCAAAAGCUUUGGGAAUGCCGCGGGUGCCUGGGCUGAAUUUUGUUCCCAUUUCUGGUGUUUUUUUGUUUUUGUUUUUUUUCCUCUCUUUUUGUUUCAUCCGAGAACAACGAGGACUCCCGAAGAAGAGGAUUGAUUGAUUCUCCAAUUAAUUCUCCACUGAAUGAAUGCAAAUUCUACUGAGUGCUAAAUAGUUCAGUGGUCAUAUCAAAUAUGACCAGUGUGCUGAAGAACUGGAUCGGGUUUUGUUUGUUUGGCUUUUUUUUUCUAUGAUGGUAGAAUAAGCUAGCAGACUGGCACUUGUUCUUUUCUAAAUGUUUCAUUUUUACGGCGGUUUUCUGUUCACAAUGACCUGUAGCAUAGAAGGAGAAUAUUUUGUUAAAUAAGAAUAUAACUGAUUAAUAAUUCUUGCUUCUCUAAUUUCAUUUUCGUAACAAAUGCAUCGUCAACACGUGAAAUGUUACAUAAAUAAAACAAUGAAUU